AUUGACAAAAGGACUAACGGAGUGCAUUUCUUAGAGUUGAGGGAUCAAAAAAGUGUAAAAAAUUGUUGAGGGACCAAAAUUGUGCAACUCACUAAAGUUGAGGGACCAAAUUUAGCAUUUAACCUUUUCUUUACAGUGAAUCUAGGUUCACCAUCACCAGUGCUGGAUUUUUUUCUUCCUCCUCUCCUGUCUCUCUCAAUCCUUUGAAAAUCAAACUUCUUCCUUCCUUUCCCCACUCAUCCUUUUUCUUUCUUCUUUCUCUUUUUCCUUCUUCUUCCUCUCCCAAUCAAACCCAGAUCUAGGUUUUUCUCAAAUCCAGCUAUCCUAAGAAAUGGAUAAACUCAGUGUGUAAGAGCCGCCAUCCACAGGACUCGCUGCACAAGCACAUGGUGGAUCUCAAAAUGAAUCUUUAGAUGGUCUCCGAAGAGAUUACCGCCUCUCUCGAGGAGCAAAGCGCUUCCGCCCUUCUCUGUGUCCCUCGUGCCACCCGUGACAUCCUCCGCCUCCAUGAUGACGCCAUUUCCCUCCGCAAUUUCGUUGCUGGAAUCCUUGACAAGCCCAAGAAGUACAAGUCUUCUCUUGCUUCGGUACUUUCCACCACCGAGGCCCCCAACAUAAUCCAUACUUAUGACACUGUUUUUCAUGGCUUCUCCACCAAGUUGUCUUCCUUGGAGGCGUUGAAGCUCCAAACGCUUCCCCAUGUGGUUGCUGUCAUUUCAGAGCAAGUUAGGAGGCUGCAGACAACGAGAUCGCCUAAGUUUUUGGGUCCCAAGACCACUGACAAUGCUAAGUUACUCAACGAAUCUAAUUUUGGGUUCGAUCUUGUGAUUGAACUUUUUGAUACCGGGAUAUGGCUCGAGCGGCAGAGUUCUAAUGACCGGGAGUUGGGUCCGAUUCCUGCGAAAUGGAAAGGGUAGUGCGUGAUGACGAAGGAUUUUAGAUCGAGUUCAUGUAAUAAGAAGCUUAUUGGAGUGAGAUUCUUCUACAAUGGGUAGAAGGCAACGAAUGGGAAGAUGAAUGAAACCUCGGAGUAGAA